UGCACCUGUGGGUGAUCAGAACAUACAAGCGGCCGAGGGCGCCUAGCUCCGCCCCGGGGGCGUGGUUAUGGAGAUUGUUGCAGACGCUCUGGCGGUAGUGCUGCAGUGAGGGCUGAGGAGCUGAUACCGUCCUGUGUUUGUGGUGUAGCAUCAGACGCUGGCAGGAAGAAAAAAACACUUUUUCUCUUCAGAGCAAACGGCUUCCAUUAACCCCUUGUAAGAAUGACUGAAUUUCUUUUCUGCUUCAGUUGCUGCAUUGGAGAGCAGCCACAGCCGAGGCGCAGGCGGAUUGAUAGGAGCAUGAUAGGUGAACCAAUGGAUUUUGUACACACUGCUCAUGUAGGAUCGGGAGACUCCAAUGCUGGGUUUGCAAUGGCUGGAUCAUUUCAGGACCAGAUGAAAUCAAAGGGCGGCUAUGGUCAGGGGAUUUCAGAUGUGGCACUUUAGCACUUUAGCAUCUAGCAGACUAGACCAGACGAUUGUUUUGCACAUUGCACAGAAAAUCCUUACUGAAGAUGAAUCUCGGAGAAAGGUGAAUGACGUCAAGUCAUGCUAUCAAGUCUUCCUGGAAAUCAAUGAUCAGAACCAUGUACUACUGAAAAUGUCAAGUGUCCCACCAACUUUAAGGCUGGGUUCACACACAGUAGUCCGAUCAGUAUUUUUAGCCAAAACCAGAAGUGGAACUAACACAGAGAAACACUAAUGGGGAAAGAUAUUUUUUUCUCUUCAGGUUUUUCAUGUGUUUUGAACUAAUUCCAGGUUUUGCAUAAAACACUGACCAAAAUACGAUGUGUGAACACAGCCUGAUUUUGUGUAUUUUUAACUGUUCUGGCACAUCAGAUCAUAAAUGCAUGACACUUGUAACUCUUCCAUGUCAUGCUGUUUUCCUCUUCUGUCCUGCUUGGUAAACCUAUGUAAUACUGUGCUGUUCCUGUUUUUGCUGUGAAUGUUUGUAGGUCACGGUAUCAUUUAUAGAUUCUAGAUGACACUUAGUAAGUAAAGCGCAUAUAUAUUAAUUUUUUUUACACCAGUUGAGGUGGUUUGUCUUUGUUUGGUAAAUGCAGAAUGGUACGAUGACCACCUUUUCUCCCAGAGAUGUUCUGAUGGAUAAGUGGCCUGGAUUUUUUGACCAUAGCAUGGUAUAAGAGAGACAUGAUGGGUCAAACUAAUCCUCAGGACAUGUUCAUGUUUAAAGGAAGUUGUCUCUUGCACAAUGUUAAGCAAUCUUCUGCAAUUUUACCCUUUGCAUCUCCUUUUUUACACAAUCUUAUGUUUCUACAGAAACAAACGUUCACACAUCUCUUUGAUACAGAAUUAUUAGGAAAGAAAUAUGUUUGAUGUAAACUAUACGUUUAUUUGAUAUAGCUCUUUUACUUCUGAAUGCUUACUUUAGUUCAGUCUAUUUAUUUUGAACACUUAUGCCAGUGGUCUUCAAACUGUGGCCCUCCAGA